GAGAGCCAACUGAUAACUGAUAACUAAUAUCUGAUACCGCUCCACAGCCCAUUGCCAUUGGCAGUUAGUUCAAAUCUGAUUCGCGGCGUGUCGAGAGUGCAAGUUUUCGCCAGAGCAGCGCAGUUGGUGAAUAUCUCGUAUAAGUAGUAUGCUCCGAAACGGGUUUGAGAAUGGAGCUCAUUCCAGUGAUAACGAUGAUAAUAAGCCGACAUAUGCAUUGGAUCACUUGGCCACCUUUAAAUUGAAAAAUGAGGUGGAAUCAAAACAGCCAAAGGAGAAAAUGAAAUUGCUCAUUGAGCUUGAUAAGACGGGUGGCAUUUGGCCACAUAAGAUGUAUAUGUGCUUCAAUGGCCAAUGGCUUGUCAUGCUUGAUAAGGACAUGAAGGAAAUUGAGAACUUUCCCGGCAGUCUGAUAACGGAGCCAACGGCCUUUAUCAGUGAUGAUCCAUUGGAGACAUAUAAUAAUAUCUUGAUAUUCACUGUGCCAGGCAUCUCCUUGGGCAAUACCGAAAUGCAUAUCUUCCAGGUGACGGAUGUAAAUUCGGUGCAUUUGGUUGAGGAUCUGCGACAGCUGAGCAGCGGCUCCCCAGUGACAGUGGACCGCAAUCAAACUCCCAUUCGUCUGCCCAAGCCGGAGCGUCCUGGCAAUCAUCAGGCCAAGGAUCAAUUUGGUAUUGCGGCGGCUGUUGCCGAGAUUGCCGCCGAGAAGAAUGCCCAGGAUCGCGAGCAAUCCGAUCGAGAUGUGCAGGUGCUCAAUCAUUGCUUCGAGGAUAUUGAACGCUUUAUUGCAAGAUUACACUAUGCAUCGGAGGCUCUACAUGAGCUGCAGUCCCGUAAGAACCAACAUAAUCCUCAUGGAGAAGGUCUGCUAGUGCUUCGAUCACGUCCGCCCAUCGAGAGCGAGUUCUAUGACAUUCUGGCCAAGAUAAAACUGGCCCUCAAUUAUGCGGUGAAACUGCAGAACCAUUUCAAUAAGGGUGUUAACCCCAUUCACAAUGUGUUCGUCUCCCUGCAGUCGAUUGUGAAUGUCUGCAACGAUAUAUACGAGGGUGCCCAUUUGCCCGAGAGUGUUGUGAAUCCGCUGCUGCGUAGGGAAACCGUUGGAUUUCUGAAUGGAACACUCGACUCCAAUGAGAGAGACCUUUGGCAAAGUCUUGGCCCCAAUUGGACCGUGCCAAAAGAUCAGUUUAAAGAUCAUGUUGGGUCAUACCAUCCCAUCUUUUACGACGAUUGGUCACCCGACUGGAUUGUCGACGAGGAGGUGCCGUAUUUAGCGCCUGCUCUCAAGAAGACCCCAACACCCUUAUCUACACCGAUACCGUUGAGUCCAGCUGGCAACAGCACCUGGCUGAAUCGCCUACAGAGCCGCAAUGUGAAUAUCGCCGAGGUGGUCUUUAACAAACAGGCCACCAAUGAUAAAGAACUGAACGUGACAAAGGGCGAAUACUUGGAGAUAAUUGACGACUCCCGAAACUGGUGGAAGGCCCGAAACUCUUAUGGCAACAUUGGCUAUGUACCGCAUACCGUGCUGAUUCCCUACAAUUUUGAUCCUGCCGCGAAUCGCAAGGCUCGUGACACGGAUUCCUUGGCUUCGGUAUCUAUGGAGAACGGCGAUGCAAACGAGCCCAACAAUCCGGUUUAUCGCAACACGAUGGCAAUGUAUGUACCGCCCGCAGACCGAGAGUCCCAACAGCCCGUAGGUGCGGCCAAGAAUAUGCCCCGCUCCUACUCAAUGCCCAAUGUGCCCAUACCGCCUCCGAUGCCGCCAAGUGAGAACCAAACACCAACCGAUACUCCAAGUGGCACCCUGAAACGCAACAUGGCUGCGGCUGGAGCACUUGCAGCAAUGCGUGCUCGCAAUGACUGCGACGCCGAUGAUCUAUCUGAUGCCUUUCUGAUGCAGGGCGAUGUGAACGAUGAGCUGCGAGUCAUGCUGCAGCAGAGGCAGAAACGCAAGGACCUUGAAAUCCUAAAGACUCCGGAGAUAUACAUUAACCAAAACUCAAAGCCCAGGGAGGUGGAGGAAUGGCUGCGCGGCAAGGGUUUCUCCGAUAACAUUAUCAAGCGUCUGCACACGCUCAGCGGAGAGGAAAUCUUUGCCCUCUCGCCACACACCAUCGAGAGCUACUUUGGCCAGCGGGAGAGUCGCCGACUCAUUUCACAGAUUGUGCUGCAGAAGAACUUCUGUGAGUACAAAACCAUCCGUUCGUCUGAGCUGUCAGCGAAACUGGCUAAGGCCAGGCAAAAGGCCGAUCAAUCAAACGGUGAUCCGAAUGAGGUUUUCUAAGCCAUAUUCUACAUAUUCCAAUUCACCUAAUUUGUAUUGGGCUUAAGCAUUGAUUUGAAUAUUUUUGCAUCUAUUACAUAUCCUUGUAAUCCAUGUAAUGCAACACAAUUCUAUAAGUUUUGCCAUUUACCUAUUUAUAUUGUUUUCUUCAUUUAUUUCUUAAAUAUUUCUGUAUAUGUGUAAAUAAACAUU